GGAAAAUAUGAAUCAGUAGUAUCUCUACACGAAUUGCCAUGAAUUACUAGCUAGCGAGUAAGUGUCCGUUCAAAAGCGCAGUCACAAGUUAUUUGUUUGAGAACUGUCGACACAUCCUCGUAUUGAUGGCUAAAAGAUGUGAUCAUAUCUCAGAUUAAACCAAUUGAUGAGACCCAUUGUUUGUCACUCUCGCCAUUUCAAGCCUUGGGACAAAGUAGAAGCCCUGGUUUCAUCAAUUCGACGACCCGAAAUAACUAGUCAGAGCCCAGCUCUUUCAGAAGAAUUAGUUGGUAAGAUAUUGGAUGGAUACCCAGAUAUCAAAACACUCAAGAAACUCCACUCCAAAGUCAUUGUGGAUCGACAUCUUCACUUUAACCCAUCGCUUAGCAUAAAACUCAUGAGGGCUUUUGCGGCCUGUGGGGAAAGCAGGAUCCCCCGCCACAUAUUCGACGAAAGUCCUGACAGAAACGUUAUUUUCUACAAUGUCAUGAUCAGAAGCUACAUGAACAACCAUUUGUAUGAAGAUGCUUUUCUUGUUUUCAAAACGAUGUUCAGCCAUGGAUUCCUGCCUGAUAAUUACACGUACCCUUGUGUUUUAAAGGCGUGCUCUGCGUCCCAUGAUUUGUGGGUCGGGUUGCAAAUUCAUGGUGCUGUUGUGAAAGUUGGGCUUGACUUAAAUUUGUUUGUUGGGAAUGGACUGGUUUCCAUGUAUGGGAAAUGUGAUCGAUUAGUGGAGGGGCGGCGGGUUCUCGAUGAGAUGCCGAGGAGAGAUGUGGUUUCUUGGAAUUCAAUGGUUGCCGGGUAUGCUCAAAAUGCACGGUUUGAUGACGUGUUGGAAAUCUGUAGAGAAAUGGAGUCACUGAGGCUGAAACUUGAUGCUGGUACAAUGGCUAGUCUCUUGCCAGCCGUAACUAAUACAUCAUCGGAAAACGUCUUGUAUAUAAAAAAGAUGUUUGAAAAUCUGGUUAACAAGAGUUUGGUGUCCUGGAAUGUGAUGAUUGCUGUUUAUGUGAAUAAUUCAAUGCCUAGUGAAGCUGUUCAUUUGUUUCUUCAUAUGGAGACUUGUGAGACAGAACCUGAUGCCGUCACAAUUGCUAGUAUUCUUCCAGCUUGUGGGGAUCUUUCAGCUCUGUUACUAGGAAGGCGGCUUCAUCAAUAUGUCAAGAGAAAGAAACUCUUGCCAAAUUUGCUAUUGGAGAAUGCAUUGAUGGAUAUGUAUGCUAAAUGUGGAUGCUUACAAGAUGCGAGGGGAGUGUUUGACAAUAUGAAGUUUCGGGAUGUUGUAUCAUGGACAUCGCUGAUUUCUGCAUAUGGUAGGAGUGGACAAGGUCGCGAUGCCAUUGAACUGUUUGAGAAAAUGCAGGACUCGGGUCUGAGUCCUGACUCUGUUGCCUUUGUAUCAGUCAUUUCGGCUUGCAGCCAUGCGGGACUUUUAGAGGAGGGAAAGUACUACUUCAGAUUGAUGAUUGGGGAAUAUAAGAUAGUUCCGAGAAUAGAACACUUUUCGUGCAUGGUUGAUCUUUUGGGACGGGCUGGGAGAGUGGAAGAGGCUUAUAGCUUUGUCAAGGAAAUGCCAAUAGAGCCUAAUGAAAGAGUGUGGGGGGCUCUGCUGAGUGCAUGCAGAGUGUACUCCAACAUGGAUAUUGGACUCAUAGCUGCUGAUAAACUCUUUCAACUGGUUCCGGAGCAAGCAGGAUAUUACGUUUUGUUGUCAAACAUUUAUGCAAAGGCGGAAAGAUGGCAAGACGUGACGACUGUAAGAUCAAUGAUGAAAAGUAGAGGCAUCAAGAAAACUCCUGGGGUCAGCAAUGUUGAGCUCAAUGAUAGGGUUCACACUUUUCUUGCCGGUGAUAGAUCACAUCCUCAGUCCAAGAAGAUAUAUGAAGACUUGGAUGUGCUGGUUGGGAAAAUGAAAGAGCUCGGUUAUGUUCCUGAGACCGAUUCAGCUCUUCAUGACGUGGAGGAGGAGGACAAGGAAUGCCACUUAGCAGUUCACAGCGAGAAGUUGGCUAUUGUCUUUGCCCUUCUGAAUUCGGAACCCGGUGCACCGAUCAGAAUUACGAAGAAUCUUCGUGUUUGCGGGGAUUGUCAUACCGCGGUGAAGCUCAUAUCUAAAAUAGCUGAACGUGAAAUUGUAGUUAGAGAUACUUAUCGUUUCCACCAUUUCAAAAAUGGUAUUUGCUCUUGUGCAGAUAAUUGGUAA